AUGGGACAAACUAUCACCACCCCCAAAAGUUUAACUUUGCAGCACUUCAAGGAAGUCCGUGACAUCGCCCACAAUCUCUCGGUGGAAGUGCGGAAAGGAAAGUGGGACAUCUUCUGCUCAUCUGAAUGGCCCACCUUUGACGUGGGCUGGCCACGAGAUGGCACCUUUAACCUAGAUAUUAUUUUGCAGGUGAAGGCCAAAGUCAUGAAUCCUGGGCCCCAUGGGCAUCCAGACCAAGUCUCUUAUAUCAUCACGUGGGAAUCUCUGGUCAAGGACCCCCCACCGUGGGUGAAGCCCUUCUUGCCUCCCCCUUGCCCAAAACCCACUCAUUCUGCCCCCCCUCUCCCGCCUCCAUUAGUUCCUACCCCAGUUAACUCCACCCUUUACCCAGUCCUUAUGAAACCUACUCCAGAAAAGGACCCUAGCCACAAGAAGACACCCCCAGUCCUGCCGGCGGAUGAUGGCCCUCUACUGGACCUGAUGACCGAACAACCCUCUCCUUACAGGGGCCCAAACCCGGCACAGGAACCAGGGGAGGCAACCGCCAGAGGGGGACCCCAGGGAGAGCCCCCCUCGUCCCCGGUGGCGGGACGCUUAAGGGGAAGACGAGAAGUCACUCCCGACUCCACAUCCCAGGCCCUACCGCUACGGAUGGGGCCUGACAGCCAGCUCCAAUAUUGGCCCUUUUCUGCGUCUGAUUUAUAUAAUUGGAAAAAUAAUAACCCUGCUUUUUCGAAGAAUCCCUCUAGGCUCACUGCAUUGAUCGAGUCUAUUUUAGUGACUCACCAGCCCACCUGGGAUGAUUGCCAACAGCUGCUCCAGACGCUGCUGACCACUGAGGAAAAGCAGCGGGUUGUCAUAGAGGCACGUAAAAAUGUUCCAGGAGACGAUGGACAACCCACCCAGCUGCCACACAGAAUAGAUGCGGCUUUUCCCUUGGAGCGACCGGAUUGGGACUUCUCCACUGAGCGCGGUAGGGAACGCCUACGUCAAUAUCGCCAGUUGCUCAUGGCGGGUCUCCGUGGGGCCGCAAAGCGCCCAACUAAUUUGGCCCAGGUUAAAUUAGUGACUCAAAAGUCUGAAGAAUCUCCCUCUGCCUUCCUAGAACGCCUCAAGGAGGCAUACCGUGUGUAUACUCCCUACGAUCCAGAUAGUCCGGAUCAGGCAACUAACUUAGCCAUGUCUUUCAUUUGGCAGUCAGCCCCAGAUAUUAGACGGAAGUUAGAAAGACUUGACAAUUUAAGAGAGAAUACAGUGCAGGAUUUGCUGAAGGAGGCAGAGCGGAUUUAUAACAAGAGAGAGACACAGGAAGAAAGGGACGAAAGGCUGAAGAGAGAGGCAGAAGAAAGGGAGAAUGUCAGGGAGCGGAAGAGAAAUAAAGAGUUUAGCAGGUUGUUGGCCACUGUAGUGACAGAACAAAGGCAGAGUAGACAGGACCUGGGAGGCCGUAGGGGUCCCCGACUGGACAAGGAUCAAUGCGCCUACUGCAAGGAAAGAGGGCAUUGGGCCCGAGACUGUUCCAAGAAGCCAAAGGGCCACCAAAAGGGACCUCAAAGACCCAAGCCUCAGACCAAUUUGCUCAAUCUGGAAGACUAGGGGUGUCGGGGUCAGGAGCCUCCCCCUGAACCCAGGAUAACUCUUAACGUGGGGGGGCAGCCUGUCACCUUCCUGGUGGACACCGGAGCCCAACAUUCGGUACUCACCACCUCACCGGGACCCCUAACUGACAAAUCAGCAUGGGUUCAAGGAGCAACCGGAGGAAAGAGGUACCGUUGGACUACCGAGAGGAAGGUACAACUUGCCACCGGUAAGGUAACUCACUCCUUUUUGCACGUCCCUGAUUGUCCCUACCCCCUGCUGGGGAGAGACCUACUUAUGAAACUUAGGGCACAAAUCCACUUUGAGGGGACUAAAGCCCAUAUUACCGGGCCGCAGGGACAGCCCUUGCAUGUGCUAACCAUGCACUUACAAGAUGAGUACCGGCUCCACGAGCCUGAGAAACCUGAGUCGCAGGAUGUGACUAGUUGGCUAGAGAAAUUUCCCCUGGCUUGGGUGGAGACUGGAGGAAUGGGUCUCGCCAUUCACCAACCGCCCUUGGUGAUUGCUCUAAAGGCAUCUGUGACUCCUGUCUCUAUCAAACAAUAUCCAAUGUCACAUGAGGCCUACCAGGGAAUCAGACCCCACAUUCAGAGACUUUUAGAUCAGGGCAUAUUGGUACCGUGCCAAUCUCCUUGGAAUACGCCUCUCCUUCCAGUCAAAAAGCCAGGAACAGGAGAUUAUCGCCCAGUACAGGACUUAAGGGAAGUCAACAAAAGAGUGGAGGACAUACACCCCACAGUCCCCAACCCAUACAAUCUGUUGACUGGGCUUCCCCCGAGAUAUGUUUGGUAUACAGUCCUGGACCUCAAGGAUGCUUUCUUCUGUUUGAGGCUCCACCCAAAGAGCCAAUCUCUUUUUGCCUUUGAGUGGAAGGAUCCAGAGCUGGGAAUAUUGGGCCAGCUUACUUGGACAAGAUUACCACAGGGGUUCAAAAACAGCCCCACCCUUUUCGAUGAAGCUCUACACCGGGACUUGGCUGACUUCAGGGUCCAUCACCCUACCCUAAUUUUACUCCAGUAUGUGGAUGACCUCCUCCUGGCUGCAGAAACUGAGAAAGAAUGUAAGGAGGGAACAGAGGCCCUUUUGAGAACUUUAGAAAUUCUAGGAUACAGGGCCUCAGCCAAAAAGGCCCAGAUUUUCCAAAGACAAGUUACUUAUUUGGGAUACCAGAUCAAAAAUGGGCAAAGGUGGCUGACCGAGGCACGGAAACAGACAAUUUUGGGAAUUCCAGAACCCAAAAAUCCGAGGCAGUUAAGAGAGUUCCUAGGUACGGCGGGGUUUUGCCGCCUCUGGAUCCCGGGGUUUGCAGAGAUGGCCGCACCACUCUACCCCCUUACCAAACAAGGGACUCUCUUCACUUGGGGGGAUGAACAACAGAGGGCCUACGCAUCAAUAAAAGAGGCCCUGCUAACUUCCCCUGCAUUAGGAUUGCCGGAUUUAAACAAGCCCUUUGAGUUGUUCGUGGACGAGAGACAAGGGUAUGCUAGAGGAGUCCUAACUCAAAAACUUGGACCUUGGAGGCGUCCGGUUGCCUACCUGUCUAAGAAACUCGACCCAGUGGCCUCAGGUUGGCCCCCUUGCCUACGGAUGGUGGCUGCGAUCGCCCUCUUGCUCAAGGACUCUGGCAAACUGACUAUGGGGCAGCCGGUAACUAUCCUGGCUCCACAUGCAGUUGAGGCCCUGGUAAAACAACCUCCGGGCCGAUGGCUCUCUAAUGCCCGCAUGACUCAUUACCAGGCUCUGUUACUAGACACUGAGAGAGUGCAAUUUGGUCCUGUGGUAGCCCUCAACCCAGCAACGCUGCUUCCCCUACCAGAAGGUCCAGAAGUUCAUGAUUGUCUCCAGAUACUUACAGAGGUACAUGGCACCCGACCUGACCUAACUGACCAACCCCUUUCGGAGGCUGACUUCACCUGGUUCACCGACGGGAGCAGUUUCCUGGACAACGGAGAGCGGAGAGCAGGGGCUGCGGUCACCACCGAAACUGAGGUAAUUUGGGCCAAGGCCCUACCACCUGGAACCUCAGCGCAACGGGCCGAACUCAUCGCCCUGACCCAAGCCCUCCGAAUGGCGGAAGGUAAGAAGCUAAAUGUCUAUAUAGACAGCCGUUAUGCCUUUGCUACUGCUCAUAUCCAUGGAGAAAUAUAUCGAAGAAGGGGACUGCUUACCUCCGAAGGGAAAGAGAUUAAAAAUAAGAUGGAGAUAUUGGCCUUGUUAGAGGCUUUGUUCUUACCCUCGAGGCUGAGCAUUAUUCAUUGCCCAGGUCACCAAAAGGGGGACAGCUUGGAAGCCAGGGGCAACCGCUUGGCGGACAUGACAGCCAGGGAAGUAGCGAUGCAAGGAAAUUCAGAGGCUCCCCGAAUGGGGGCCGCAUACAACCCCACAACAAGACUCUGGACUUUCAACGAGCGACCUGUGUGGCCCCUACAACAGACCCGGGACCUGAUCAAGUAUCUCCAUCAACUGACCCAUCUUAGCUUCAAAAAGAUGAAAACCCUCCUGGACAGAGAGGAAAACGCCCACUAUCUGCUAGGUAAAGAUAAAAUCCUACAAGAAGUAGCUGAAGAAUGCACGGCAUGUGCCCGAGUCAAUGCAAGCCGUAACAAGAUCGGUGCGGGGGUCAGGGUCCGAGGACACCGCCCUGGCACUCAUUGGGAGAUAGACUUCACCGAGGUGAAACCUGGACUCUAUGGGUACCGGUACUUACUGGUAUUUAUAGACACUUUUUCUGGGUGGGCAGAAGCCUACCCUACUAAACAUGAGACUGCCAGAGUUGUCACCAAGAAACUUUUAGAAGAAAUCUUCCCUAGGUAUGGAAUGCCGCAAGUACUGGGCUCUGACAACGGGCCUGCCUUCGUCUCCCAGGUAAGUCAGUCAGUGGCCACAUUGUUGGGGAUUGAUUGGAAAUUACAUUGUGCAUACCGCCCCCAGAGCUCAGGGCAGGUAGAACGUAUGAAUAGAACUAUUAAGGAGACUUUAACCAAAUUAACGCUUGCAACUGGCGCUAAGGACUGGGUAUCCCUCCUUCCCCUAGCGUUGUAUAGGGCUCGAAACACUCCGGGCCUCCAUGGGCUCACUCCUUUUGAGAUCUUGUAUGGCGCCCCGCCACCAGCUGCCCAUUUCUUUGACUCUGGAAUAGCCUCCUUUGCUGAUACCCCCUCUCUUCAAGCUCAUUUGCAGGCUCUACAGCUUGUGCAACGGGAGGUUUGGAAGCCUCUGGCGGCCGCGUAUCGAGAGCAGCUAAGUCAACCUGCGGUCCCGCACAAAUUCCAGAUUGGAGACGUGGUUUGGGUACGGCGACACCAGACAAGGAACCUGGAACCACGCUGGAAAGGACCUUACACUGUUCUGCUGACGACACCCACAGCUCUGAAAGUAGACGGCAUCACCGCCUGGGUCCAUGCCUCCCACGUCAAGGCCGCCACCCCUGAGCAGCCGCCUGACGCCUCGGACUCGGGAACCCGAUGGAAACUCCACCGCACUCAAAAUCCUCUCAAGAUAAGACUGACUCGGGGGGGGGGGGGCCAGCCCGACUGGGGAACCCCCGAGGUCGUGUACACUCCGGGGUCAAGCGCCCCCCAGCUAGAGGGCCGUCGCCCCAUAGUUCCGGGCUGUCGCAACGGGAUUGAGAGAGCAGACCUACAUGGUCAGGCAGGGAUCUAUGUCUGUCCGGGAAGUCAUAGGAACAAAAACCUCAACUAUAAAUGUGGGUGGGCAAAUGACUACUUUUGUGCCUCUUGGUCCUGUGAAACUACGGGAGACACCUACUGGGCUCCCUCCUCCAAUUGGGAUUAUAUAAUUAUUAAGAGAAAAGAUCGCCAGCCAGGGGCGACCCCCAAUUAUAUCCCAGGUCAAUUAAAGACAAAAUGUGCCACCAGUAGCACUACAAAGGGGUGGUGUAAUCCCCUGCUCAUUCAGUUCACUGAGCAGGGAAAGAAAGCGCCCUGGACAACUAGCACCAGGGGUUUUGAAUGGGGCAUCAGGCUUUAUAUGCACGGAUGGGAUAUGGGCCUUACCUUUAAACUCAAACUUAAAAAGACCUCACCCACAACUGCCUCUGUGGGACCCAACCCAGUCUUACAGGAGCCCUCUCUACCACGACCUCCACCCCGGCCAACAUCACCCCCAAGUACUUCCGUUUCUUCCCCCAGCUCCGCUCGGUUAAUUACAGGCCCCACAAUGCAACCUCAGCGACCUGGGUCAGGAGGUAGGCUCCUCGAUUUAAUAGCAGGAGCCUACCAGGUGCUAAACCGCUCCGAUCCCCACCUGACUCAAGAAUGUUGGUUAUGCCUGGUUUCUACCCCACCCUAUUAUGAGGGAUUAGCUAUAAUGGGCAAUUUCUCUAAUCAUACCACACCGCCAGCAACUUGCUAUCCCUCUGUUCAGCAUAAGCUAACCCUGUCAGAGGUAUCCGGGCAAGGACUUUGUGUAGGGACCAUACCUGCUGCCAGUCAGCCACUUUGUAAUUUCACUGCCCCUCUUACCUCAGGAAGUUAUUACCUGGCUGCCCCCAAUAAUACCUUGUGGGCCUGCAACACUGGCCUGACCCCUUGUAUAUCAGCCCAAGGCUGGAAUGAUAGUUCUGAAUUUUGUAUUUUAAUCGAACUAUGGCCUAAAAUAGUUUACCAUGAACCAGAAGAAGUUUAUAGGCACUUUGAAAAAGGGACUCGAUACCCUAGAGAACCUUUGUCUCUAACCCUGGCAAUAAUGCUGGGGGGACUAACGGUUGGGGGCAUAGCUGCAGGGAUUGGGACUGGGGCCACCGCCCUAUCAGCGACCCAUCAGUUCCUACAACUUCAACAAGCUAUGCAUGCCGAUCUACAGGCGUUAGAAGAAUCAGUAAGUGCCUUGGAGAAAUCCUUGACCUCACUGUCUGAGGUAGUUCUACAGAACCGUAGAGGGCUAGAUAUCCUCUUUUUGCAAGAGGGAGGACUAUGUGCGGCUCUAAAAGAGGAGUGCUGUUUCUAUGCCGAUCACACCGGACUAGUCAGAGACAAUAUGGCCAAACUUAGAGAGAGACUUAAUCAGAGAGAAAAGCUCUUCAAUGAAAGACAAAGUUGGUAUGAAAGCUGGUUCAAUAAGGCCCCCUGGUUCACCACUCUUGUUUCCUCUCUCAUGGGCCCCUUAAUUAUAAUUCUUUUAAUUCUACUUUUCGGGCCUUGCAUUCUAAAUAGGUUAGUUCAGUUUAUGAAGGACCGGCUCUCCGUCAUACAGACGUUAGUGCUAACCCAGCAGUAUCAUCAACUCAAGCAGCUGGAGACGGAGAUUGACUCUCCCUAGACCCACAGAAUGAAGGAUUCCAUUCUAAGCUAGAAGAAAAAUGGGGGAAUGAAAGAAUAAAGUCCUAGCAUAAUGCUGACCCUGCUCACAAUCUGCCUUCCCGCCUUCCCAGUUCCGGAUACGUGACCCUGCUCACAAUCUGCCUUCCCGCCUUCCCGGUUCCGGAUACGUGACCCUGCUCACAAUCUGCCUUCCCGCCUUCCCUGUUCUGGGUACGUGACUUAACUACGGCUUUGUUCAAACCACCCAAUCAAACCCCUGUAACUAUGCUUCUCGCUUCUGUAACUGC